AAGGGACAGUACUACAGGGUAUUUGAAUGACAUUACAUUUUUCUGUGUUAGGGAGGCGUAAACCACCAGCAACACUCUCAAAACCAGAACGGCCUGAUGAAUAUAGUGCUACUGCAUCUCCAUGGUCAGUGACGGUUCCUUUGCCAGUAUCUCCAGAGUUGCUUGAAUUAUCUAUUAGCAAGACCACAUUGGCUUUGAGACCAGCGCAGGAAACCGUGUUCUGUCAGUCCCUCCUCCCAGUGACCACUGCACAGUCUACAACCUCUACUCCUCCCUCAGGACCCCCUGCAGCUGCUGGCCAGUCUUUCUCUGGAAUCCCUGCAGCCUCUACUGGGUACCCCUCAAUUCAGCUGGAGGAGAAUCAUGCUGUUCCACCACUGCCAAGCUAUGAGCAGGAUGUGAGCCGAUGGCACUGCUCUCAACAGCAAAGAAUCUGGAUGAAAACAGAAAUGGAAGCCUUGGGACUGUGGCCAGGUUCUAGACCGGUGAGACAUCCAAUGAACAUGAUCUCCUUGUGGCGUUACCCACCUCAGCCUGAGCUUAUUGAUCCUGUCUAUGAGCUGCCAUCACCUAAAUACUUUCAACUUCAUCCAUUCUUCAUUUGGAAACCAGAGCACACCAUUAUGGAAAGAGUCCGCAACAACUACACUCUGCCAUGUCUGUACAGCUGUCCGAAUCCCCACGUUGUCUCAUCAGGAGUUGGACGACCCCGUGUCAUUAUUGGUACAAGCAGCCAGUACUACAUUCUGGCCUCUCGGCUCAGCUGUAAAGUCUGUAAAAAGUACUGGUUUGCAGACAAACCCCAAUGGAUGGACAUGCUGCCGAGUCGGUUCUGCAACAUUUUGCCAGCUUUUCUGACGCACAAGAAGGCCAUAUGUAAGACUGUGAUGGAUGAGUUGCGGCGUACAGGAAAGUCUCCCAAUGAUAUGGCCAAUCAGUUGAAUGAAGCUCUCCACCUCAGGUAUGAGCGUGCACACCUGGCUUACUUGUCUACUGUUAAGAAUGUGCUGGAUGGAGACAGUGGAAUUUACGGUCAGCAGACCAUCACAGGGGCACUAAGAGCAACAAAUACUCCUGCCUCAUUUGGUGAGUAUGGUGAUUUGGUCGGCUGGUGUGGAGUAACAGUUUCACCCCACUAUUUGGUUGACUGCCUCAUUCAGGAGUACCAUAGGCAGGAGAGCACACUCAAUCUGCUCCUCCAAGGCACAUUUGGACAAGCCUUAAGGGCUGACCAUACCCGCAAGGUGGCCCGGAAGGUUGUGCUUGCAUCAGGUACUAUGUCAUCCUAUGCUGUGAUGAAUGAAAACUGGAUGAUCUUGUCCUGGGUGAUGCUGCAGUCUGAAAGUGAUAAAUCCCUGCAGCCAAUGUAUGAGGGGCUGUCUCUUCGUUACAUUUCUGCAGGACUGCCGAAAGCCAACUACCAGUGGGUUGACAGAGAUUGCUGUGCUGCCUUCAGGAUCCCAAACCCUGAGCCCCGGGAGCACCUCCUCUGGGAUUCUUGGAAGACCACUGAGGCUGUAGUGGCUGCGGCAACCUCUGGGCAUCUCAUCAACACCUGUGCCUCCCGCGAAAAAUAUAACAGCGACAUCAAAAUCAAGCUGGACUUGUUCCACUGCAUGCGGCGGUUCUCCAGAGAGUGUGUGUCAGAGCACCAUCCACUGCACAGUGCUUUCUGCAAGUUUCUGUCAGCAGCUUUUAGUGUUGUGGACCAGACGGACCUACAAAGACUGAAGCAGGCUUAUGUCUUCUGUGGGAUAGUGCCUGCAAAUCCAACAAAGCAGCACAUCAGGGAGCACUGCCGCACCAGGGUUCCACACCCCAAAGAGCUACUGGAGAGAGUGGAGAGCGUUCUCCAAAGAUUCUUUUUAGAAUGUGAUCCUGAUGGUGUGCCACUGUUCAAACCAUCGAUGUUGAAGGUGUGGAGGAUUCAGCGAGUCCACAUCCUCAGAGGCUGCCUGAGUGACCCAGAGGUUACAGAUGGGAUCCUCUAUAGGCAUGGUGGAACGGUCCAGCUGAACCAUGUGAAGGGGGAGGCGGCAGCUGUACCUGUGUGGAUCCCUGUGAGAGGCACUUCUCAGCAGGAGGGGUUCCAUUUCCAUCAGGCCAGAUGGGUCACAGGCACUCAGGUAUCCACAGAACUAUUCCAGGCACAGGGCAUGAUUGGAGUGGCUCGUUGGAAUUUCCAGCGCCUUGUAGACCUGAAGCAGCCUGGAGUGAAGCUGCCUGCAGUUUUUGAUCCUGUGCUGAUCAUGGAACUGAACAAGCUCUCAGACAUGGUGACAGGCCAGGCCAAGUACCCUGCCUUACUUGUCUCACAGACAGACACCAGAGAAAGGUUUGGACUGCAGUAUGUGGAGCCUGGUUGUCGUCCUGUCCCCCUAGACUGGGCCAAGCACAAGUCCCAGAAGGUACCUGUUGCAGGGGAGGGAGAGCAUCAGUCCUCAGAGCCGUCUGCUCUCAGUGAGAGAUUCCCACCUGAUGACCCACCUGAGGAGGUGAGGGAAGAACACUUUGCUCAGGAUGACAUCUUUGGUGUGGCUUCUCUUGGCUCACAAACAAUGAUCCAGCCUUUGCAGCCCACCAAAUUAAAAGAUGAGAUGACACCACCACUGCCCUUUGCUCCCUCUCCACGAGCUGCUCGCACAGGUCCCAUCAAGGCAGGCGGUCUACUUUUUGUCCUGGACCAUUUUCGGUGGACAAAGCCCAUGAGGGAUUCCAUUGAUGGCCUUCUGGCAAAGUACCAUGGGCAGAAAGACCUUCUCACCCAGGUGGAUGCAGAGUAUGCUGCCCUUGUGCAGGCUGCCUCCAGGGAUCCCAAUAGCCUCUUACACCCCACCACGAAACAGCAUAUCUCACGUUAUGUGAAACACCUGGCCAAGAUAACGAACAGAAGUUCAUCCCUGAACACCAGUUCAGAGAAGCUCCUGGAGACCCAGAAGCUGUGGCAUCACCUCACAGAAGGUAGUGAAACUGUAAGUGUUCCAGUGGUAACCCUCCCACCUGCCCCAGUGAACCCACCCAGUAAUAAGCCCCAGGAGUUACCACUAACUAAGGGUGAGGUUGAACAAAUGGUGAAAGAGAUUGUGGAGAAACAACAGCAACAGCAGCCUGUUACAAAGAGGACACGGAACUGUCUUGCUUGUGGCCAGCCAAAGUCACGUUACCUUGGUGAUGGGUCCUCCAUUCAUUUUUUUUAUCAGUCUGGGGAUGUGAAGUACUUUUACUGCUCUACAAAGGUACACCAGAUGUAUGCAGCGGAAGGCCUCACCAAUCCUCGAAUGCCAUUUGCUGACUUUGCUGAAACACCUUUUUUUAAACGAGAGCUACAGGCCGCAAAGCAGCGUUCUGCAGAGACAAGACAGGUAAUAGAGGAGCGGAGAAAGAGAAAGUCCAUGGAGCAGCAUCCCACUGGUCGCCUCUGUAGGUUCUGCCACAAGCCACUAAAACAAGGCCCAGAGAGUCCACACAUACACACUGGGUUCCCUGGUGUGGCAGGGAAAUAUGUCUAUUGUCCUGCCAGAGUGUUUUCCUUAUAUCAGACAGAGGGGAUGACUCACGAGAUGACUUGGGGAGAGUUCUGUCAGUCUUCCUUUUAUGAGACUGAAAGGAAGAGAUGGGCAGCAGAAAAGGGAAAGUGACUGCCCUCAUGUUUCCUGGUUUUAAAUGAAUGUUUAGAUGAAGCAUCCUCUGUCAAGACCCAUCCUCCGCAGAGUAGGUCACCCUAAAGACGGUCUCAGUCCACCAAAACAUCACACCAGACACUUUGACAGCGGAGGAUCAAAGGUCAGAAGGGUUUCUUCCAGAUGCAGGUAAAUAAAUUAUUCAUACAGGCACUUAUGUGUGUAAACUGUCUGUCUCAUAUGUGCACAUAACACCAAGACAAAUAUUGCAAUAAAGUAAUCCUGUUCAUCUUCUGUAGAACACCACACCAUCGGCCAUAACUGCGUCCCUCGUUCAGCUCACACUGGACCCCUCAGAACGGCUGGUCUUCGUGUUGGACCAUAGAUGGACAGAUCUGCUGAGAAUUGCCCGUGAAGAUCUCUUGGCAACGCACCAUAGGAGCAAGGAUCUUCUUCAACAGGCCGAAGGCUUGUUUUUUGUUGUUGUUGUUUUUCUAUGUUUUCCACAACUUUAAAUUGUAUUAUUAUUAAUAUUAUUGUAGCUGUUGUUGUUUAGUCUACAAUUUUAAAUUAUUUAAUUUAUUUCCAGUUGUUAAAUAAAACAUCAGAAGUAUUGGCCUUGUUUACACUGUACUUUAGUGUGUUAAUUAAUUGUAUUGACUUUGUAUUGUUAUUUUAUCUUGCUCAGUUUUGUAAACACUAAAUGUUAGUAAUGGCUAAUAUUAAACUCUGUAAAUAAUUAUUUUAUUUAAAAUACUCUACCAGUCAAAUGUUUUUCAGCAGAAAGAUUUGUAAUGUUUUUUGAGGAGUCUCUUCUGCUCACCAAGCA